AUGUCUGCCAGCGCACCCGCUUCUGCUCAGCAGGACUACCGCCUGCCCACGGACGUUAAGCCUACACACUAUGACCUCACUGUGUGGACCGACCUCGAGAACUCCAAGUUCGAGGGCAUCGUCCACAUUGACGUCACCGUAAACAAGGAGACGUCCGCCGUCGUUCUCAAUACAGCUAACCUCGAGCUUGGCGAGGCCUCGCUCAAGACGGGCGGGGCGCUCGACACUGUUCUCGACGUGUCCAAGCGCGAGCUUGACACAGAGAACGAGCGUGUUGUGUACUCGCUCGCCAAGCCGCUUUCCAAGGGCGCGAGCGCGCGCCUCUCCGUCGCGUUCAAGGGCGAGCUCACCGGUGACAUGCUCGGCUACUACCGCUCGACAGGCGGCAAGGACAGCGAGCUCAGAUACACCCUUACCCAGUUCGAGCCCACCGCCGCGCGCCGUGCGUUCCCCUGCUGGGACGAGCCGCUGCUCAAGGCGACGUUCGCCGUUACGCUUGUCUCGCGCGUGAACUCUGUCAACCUGAGCAACAUGCCCGCGAUCUCGGAGGAGGUGUACAAGCCCGACGCCGCGAUCGCGGAGCCCUGGAUCGCGAAGAAGCUGUCUACGCUGCCCGAUGCCGGGCAGUGGAAAAUCACCCAGUUCGAGGCGACUCCCCCGGUUUCUACGUAUCUGGUUGCUUAUGCAAAUGGACCGUUCGAGUACCUCGAGAGCUCCUACAAGAGCCCCCUGAGCGGCAAAGUGCGGCCAUUGCGCAUCUAUGCUACUGCGGACGUCAUUGGCCAGGCUCAGUUCGCACUCGACAUCAAGCGCCUUGUCUUGCCGCUCUACGAAGAGGUAUUCGACAUUGAGUACCCAUUGCCCAAGUUGGAUACCUUGGUGGCAAGCGAUUUCGAUUCCGGUGCCAUGGAGAAUUGGGGUUUGAUCACCGGCCGGACGCAAGCCUUCCUGCUAGACCCGGCUUCUUCGAGUAUCAAAUACAAGCAAAACGUCGCUGCUACGCAGAGCCACGAAGUCGCGCACAUGUGGUUCGGAAACAUUACUACCAUGGAGUGGUGGGAUAACCUGUACUUGAAUGAAGACAAGGUUUUCCCGGAGUGGAAAUUGGACGCGGAGUUCUUGCCUUCUCACUUCUACCGUGCACGUGCUCUGGAUGCGAAGCUUUCGUCGCAUCCUAUCGAGGUUGACUGCCCAGACGCAAACAUGAUCAACCAGAUUUUCGACCACCUGUCAUACGCAAAGGCUGCCUCCGUGCUUCGUAUGUUGGCCAGCUAUGUCGGAGAGAACCGCUUCUUGAAGGGUGUGUCGAUUUACCUCAAGAAGCACAUGUACAAAAACAGUGUUACUCGGGAUCUGUGGGAGGGUAUCCAGGCCGCUACCGAUCUGGACAUUCCCAAGAUGAUGGACAACUGGGUCAAGAAGAUGGGCUAUCCCGUCCUCACUGUCACGGAGAAGGAGGGCGGCAUCCACGUCAGGCAGGACAGAUUCCUCGAGACUGGGCCGGCGGACCCCAAGGACAACGAGACAAUCUGGACUCUCCCCUUGAACCUGCUCAUAGUCGACAAUGAGGGCAAGAGCAUCUUGAACAAGGCUACUCUCCUGGAUGAGCGCGAGAAGUUCAUCCCGCUCGACACCAGCAAGCCGUUCAAGCUCAAUGCGGACACGACUGGUUUCUACGCGGUCCAGUACUCUCCGGACAGGCUCACCAAGCUCGGGCAGCAAGCAGCCGCGCCCAACUCCCCCUUCACCCUCUCGGACAGAAUUGGCAUUGUCUGCGACUCACUGGCGCUCGCGAGGGCUGGCUAUUCGACCGUCAGCAGCACUCUUGAGCUUAUCAGCGUUCUGCACAGCGAGAAAGAGUAUCUGGUUUGGGAUGCCAUCGCGACCAACCUGUCCACGAUCGUAUCUACGUGGUGGGAGAACCCUGGGGUCGUCGAGCGUCUGAACGUAUUCCGCAGGGAGCUGUUCGUUCCGAUCGUGAAGCGUCUCGGGUUCGAGUACAAGGACUCCGACCCAUACGAUGACGUGCAGUUGCGCACCACUGCGAUCUCGCAGUGUGCUGAAGCAGGGGAUCCUUGGGUGCUGAGCGAACUAAAGAGUCGAUUCGACCAUUUCCUCAAAACCGGAGACGACUCGAAGAUCCCCAGUGACCUCACCUCCGUUACCUUUAGAACCGCCGUGCAGGAAGGCGGGAAGGAGGAGUGGGAGGCCGUCAAGCGCAUCGCGAUCAAGGCCAAGAGUCCUUCGCAGGGCCUUUCCGCCAUGCAGGCGAUGGGCGCGAGCAAGGACCUCAGCCUCGCGGAGGCUACGUUCCAGUUCAUCAUGACCGAGGCGCGCGACCAGGACACGUUCUACUACGCAGGCGGCCUCAUGCGCAACCCUGCUACGAGGCGCUUCCUCGCAACCAAGUUCAAGGAGAACUUCCCCGCGUUCGAGAAACGUUAUGCGGGGAACUUCGGGCUCAUUCGCUGGACCGAGACCUCCUUUGGUGGGCUCUCGUCUGACAAGGACUACGAGGAGACUGCUGCGUUCUUCAAGGACAAGGACACCUCCAAGUUCGACAUGGCCCUCAAGCAGACUCUGGACACGAUCCGCUCGCGCGCGGCAUGGGUGAAGCGGUCGACUACCGAACUCUCGCAAUGGCUGGAGCACCGUGGGAGCUCUAAGUUGUAG